CCAAAAAAUAGUGGGCUGGGAAUGUUUAACAAAUUGACUAUUGAAAGGGGUGUCAUCAACUAAAUUUUUUUUACAUUUUCCAGGGGAAUUCCACCAAAUUUUAUUGAAAAUGCGCGAAGUAAUAUCAGUUCAUAUUGGACAAUGUGGGGCCCAAAUUGGAAAUGCGUGUUGGGAAUUGUACUGUCUGGAACACGGGAUUCAGCCAGAUGGUCAACUACCAUCCGAUACAUCAAGUGGUGACGACAGUUUCAGCACAUUUUUUAGUGAAACUUACGGCGGGAAGCGUGUACCGAGAGCGAUAAUGGCGGAUUUGGAACCAAGUGUCAUUGACGAAGUUAGAACGGGAACCUACCGACAACUGUUUCAUCCCGAACAGCUUAUAUCUGGUAAAGAGGACGCCGCCAAUAAUUACGCCCGUGGUCACUACACAAUUGGAAAGGAAGUCGUAGAGCUAGUGCUGGAUCGGAUCAGGAAAUUAACCGACCAAUGCGACGGUCUGCAAGGAUUUAUAGUGUUUCACUCUUUCGGAGGUGGUACGGGCUCCGGGUUUACUUCGCUGCUAAUGGAAAGGCUGUCAGUGGACUAUGGAAAAAAAUCCAAGCUGGAAUUGGCAGUCUAUCCGGCUCCUCAAAUAUCUACGUCCGUCGUGGAAGCCUAUAACUCUGUACUGACAACUCAUACGACCCUCGAUCAUUCCGACUGCGCUUUUAUGGUCGAUAAUGAGGCAAUCUACGACAUUUGUCGAAGAAACUUGAACGUUGACAGGCCGACGUAUACGAAUUUAAAUCGAAUUAUAGCCCAAGUAGUGAGCUCGAUAACGGCAUCGCUUCGGUUUGACGGUUCGCUCAAUGUCGACAUAAGCGAAUUUCAAACGAACUUGGUUCCCUAUCCCCGAAUACAUUUUCCACUGUUAACUUACGCACCGAUCGUCUCGGCCGAACGGGCUUUUCACGAGCAGCUCACCGUCUCGGAACUCACCUACAGCUGCUUCGAGCCCGCAAACCAAAUGGUCAAAUGCGACCCUCGCCACGGCAAGUACAUAGCAUGCUGCUGCUUGUAUCGGGGGGACGUCGUGCCGAAGGACAUAAACGCCGCAAUUUCCGUUAUCAAAACGAGACGAACGAUUCAGUUCGUCGAUUGGUGUCCUACCGGUUUCAAAGUCGGUAUAAAUUACCAGCCACCCACCGUCGUUGUAGGAGGCGAUUUGGCCAAGGUACAACGUGCCCUGUGCAUGAUGUCGAACACUACCGCAAUCGCCGAGGCGUGGGAACGUUUGGAUCAUAAAUUUGAUUUGAUGUACGCGAAACGGGCGUUUGUACAUUGGUUCGUGGGGGAAGGGAUGGAGGAAGGCGAAUUUUCGGAAGCACGAGAGGAUACGGCCGCGUUGGAGAAAGACUACGAGGAAGUAGGUCUUGAUACUAUCGACGAAGGCGAAGGGGAAGAUUUCUAAAUUUUACGUUGUACCUUUAGUAGUUUUAAGGAUAAAUUAAAUUUUGCAAAGUA